AUGGGUUGUACACUUCUAUACACCUCUAAUCAAUGCAUUCCAUUCAUAAACUUAGCAGCACUCAAGGAACCAGAUUUAGUCCAACUAAACAGCGUAACUAAAAUGAUAAGGAGUGUAGCACCGAUUAAUUCGAGCAAUGUCUCUCUGCCCACACCAUCAUUAGACCUUCCAGAUGUUGCAGAUGUCUUUGCUCGCCCUGCAGACAAUGCAUCAAAGAAGAGAGAAUCAAACGAGUCUGCUCUUCAUGACUCACGCAGUAAAAUUCCACGGAUGCAAUCACUACCCCGAGGCAUGAGAAGUGCUGCAGGGAAGGUGGCAGUGCAGGCGAUGGAGCUUCUCGCAAACGCGAUGAUGAAGAAGUCGCGGCACUUUUGUUUAAGACAAAGAAGGAGCUGUAUUACUGCAAAUUCUAUGAAAGAGAAGGUGCAGAGCACCUUGACUCUUCAGGAGGGGACUCUCGCCAACCUUCACGAGCAAGUUUCAACGCUUUGCUCUGAGAAGGCUGCACUUGAGAAGCGGAACCAAGAGUUGUUGUCUGAUCGUGAGGCUGCGCUUUCCAAGAGAGGUGCUCUGGCCGUGAAGAUCAAGGAGAUUGAGGAGGCGAGCGACACCAUGUCGAAUGGAGAGCAGAAGAGCGAGAUGCUGCGAGGGUACGGUCACCUGUUCAGCCUUAGCCUCGCCCAUUUCAAGUCGGCGGCGAUCAAGUGCGCCGUGGAGUUGGGCAUUCCAACUGCUAUCAAACGCUGCGGCGGGGCAGCCACCGUCUCCGACCUCAUCAAGGAGAUCGGCCUCGUCCCUGCAAAGGCGCCAUACCUCAGCCGCCUCCUGCGCUUCCUUGCCUUCUUCGGGCUGUUCGAGGAGGACGACGAGGAGUCUGCGUCAGCUGAAAGCCAGACGGUGUACAAGCUGACUCCGACGUCGCGGCUCCUCGUCCAGGAGCCGCUGCUGCUGUUCGACGUGCGACUUGUCCCACAUGCUGCUGCUGUUCACGCGCCCCAGCACCACUGUGUCAACCUUCUUCGACCUGGAGCGUUGAGCGACGCGUCGUUUAACGAUGCCAUGAACAGAGCUAGUGUGGCGGAUAGCCGAUUCACCAUGGAGGUUGUGAUCAAAGAGGCCGGUGGGUAUUUCAAGGGCCUGAAGACUCUGACGGAUGUCGGCGGCGGCCACGGCGCAGCCACGGCUGCUAUCGUUGCAGCCUUUCCGGACAUGCAGUGCACCGUGAUGGGCCUCCAGCAAGUGGUCAGCAGCGCACCUGAGUGCGGCGGGACGGUCAAGUUCGUGGUAGGCGAUAUGUUUGAGUCAAUUCCGCCAGCAGAUGCUGUUCUACUCAAGCUCGUCUUGCACUCCUGGGACGAUGCCUCAUGCAUCAAGAUACUCAAACGCUGCAAGGAAGCGAUACCACCAACGGGAGGAAAGGUGUUCAUCAUCAACACCGUUCUUGGGCAUAGGGGGGAGACAAGCAAGCAGGUAACUGAGGCGCAACUCUUAUUUGAUCUUUACAUGAUGAGAGGCCACGGUUUCGAGAGGGAUGAGCGUCAGUGGAAGACGAUAUUCUUGGAGGCUGGAUUCGCCAACUACACGGUGAUCCCAUUACAAGAUCCCUUAGCUAUGAUUGUGCUUCAUCCAAGUCCAUUGGUGGUGGAGACGACGGUGAAGGUGACCGGCGCCGGCGGGGCCAAGGAGACUCGUUCCUGUCCACUGACGAGGCUGAGGCAGCGCCAUGACCCAGGCCGGAGGCGAGUCAAGUCUCAAGCCUGCACCAACCUGAGCCCUGACGUGUGUGUGGCCUGUCCGGCUGUCCGGUUGCGGCUGGACUAA